CUCGCGUCUUAUUAGGUUAUGAUAACCUGAAAGUGAUUGUCCAUUUGCGGUACGGAAUUUCACGGUAUUUUGUAAAUACUACGAUUUAAUGACACGGUUUAAUGCAAUUUAUUAGAUUCUCGGAUUUUAUUUAACAAGAUAAGGAAGUUUUCAUGAUUUCUGUAAUUCACGGAAAUGACUGAAUUAUAUAAAGACAUUCUAAGUGAUCCAGCCGGUAGAGUACUUUCACUCCGAGGCCUUGUGGUGUCCUCGUAUUAUUGAAUCGUAUGCUAAGGAAGCUAAUUCUACGUUAGGCCUUGCUGAGCCUCGUGUACAUAGAACUGGCUAGUCAUAAAUAGUUAUGUAAUUCGUAAUAUCGAUCAAGAAGCUGAUUUCUUAAACAAUCCACCUAAGAGAACAAUUGUAUUAUAUUUUUAGAUACAUACCAUAAAAUGUACAGUCAUUAAUCCUAGGUGAGCUCGUUAAAAUUCAUUAUGCAAGAGAUUAUGCAACCAGGAUAAUAUUUUACCCCGUAAUGGCAACACUUCGCUGCAGAUAGACCACUCGACACUUCGCUAUGUACACUUGCAUUAAUUGUGGGACCGAGCUGGGAGAACUGUACAGGAGAUACAGCCCGAGUGUCUUGAAAGUCUUGAAAUGUGAGAAAUGCGGAGCUUUGGCGGACAAGUACAUAGAGUAUGACCCUGCGAUAGUGUUGGUUGACCUGGUGCUGUUGGAAAAGCCUGCCUACAGACAUCUUUUGUACAACAGUGGCUUCAAAUCCUACUGGAAAUUACUGAUAGCUCUGUUAUUAGGGGAAUCCUUCAGAAUAUGGUACACCGUAGACUCUAAUGACCCCGAAUCCUUCGCAGCUCAUUCGAUGGGCCAUAACGAUGGGUUCAAGAGAGAGGAGAACUUUUACGUUCUGCUCGUGCAUACCGCACUUUCCCUGGGAGCAUUCGUAUGCACCGUAAUAGGCAUGACGGAGGUGCGAUGGUUAAUUAUGGGACGAAAGCCCAGAAAAUACAAGGCGACCGAUUUGGGACGAGCUCUGAUCGUUGGUGGCUUCGCCAAGUUGCUCGGCUUGCUGGGAAUCAUUUGGAGGCACACCUCGCCGGAUCUUCAUUACGCCCUUAUACACGGAUACACCGUCUUGUGUCUCUUAACAGCAUACUCGGUCGUUUGCGAAAGUGGAAGAGGCGGAUCGUUGGUCGGCCUGACCGGCGGGCUCUUAGCCCAUACGUACGUCUCUACUAACGCGGUCGGACUAUCGCCAGCGAUUUUCAACGUUUCAUUGACUUGAGAGGUCAGACCACGCCCGUCAG